AUGAGUGGUCAGUCGCAUCCGAGAUUAUGCAAAAACAAUCCAUCAGGAAUGGUGACGGGCCGGACGGCAAUACUUUGCUGGAAGAGUGCAGAUUUCAUUUGUGAGGGCCACUUCAAAUGCAGCAGUGGUCCAUGCAUUCCAGAAAACCAGGUUUGUGACUGUUACUCGGAUUGUGCUGAUGGAUCUGAUGAAAGAAACUGCUCAACCACCCCGUCUAACAAGUGGAGAUGUGACAGUGGGAAGUGUAUCAAUCCCUGGGAUGUUUGUAAUGGUUAUAGGAAUUGUGAUGAUGAGUCUGAUGAAAAGAACUGCUUUGCUUCUUCACCUUGCUAUGGAAUCAUAUGUAAUUCAGGUGAAUGCAUAAAUGAUGACGCAAGAUGUGACUCGCACAUAGACUGUCCAGAUGGUUCUGAUGAACGUAAUUGUACAGGCAAUAUAUGUUCAGGUUAUGAGUUCCUGUGUGGAACAGGGCAUUGCAUCUCCACAUCACUUGUAUGCGAUGGUCGAGAAGAUUGUCCCGACGGUAAUGACGAAGAAGAUUGUAUCGUCUCUGCAGAGUGCAGAAAUUACCAAUGUACGUCUGGAGUAUGUUUUUACUAUCAUCAACUUUGUGAUGGAAUUUACCACUGUCAGGACCGCAAGGAUGAAAGUGCCUGCAUAAAUAUUACAUGUCCAUCCAGUCGACCUUUUAAGUGUGAUUCUGGCAAAUGUUUAUAUUCUUCAUCUAGGUGUGAUGGUUACAAACACUGUCUUGAUGGCAGUGAUGAGAUGAAUUGCUUAAAUGUAUCCUGUUCAGACCGGAAUACUUUCAAAUGCGGAUCAGGUGAAUGUAUUUACGAUUCCUUGGUCUGCGAUUAUCACCGUGACUGUAUGGACGGAAGUGACGAGAGAGGCUGCGACUGUCAGUAUAACCAAUUAAGAUGUGAUUCAGGUCACUGUAUUUCUAACGAUUCUCGCUGUAAUGGCAUUUGGGAGUGUUUGAGCGGCAAUGACGAGAAAGAAUGUGACAACUUUACUUGUCCUCCUCAUCGUCCAUUCAAAUGUGGGUCAGAUGUUUGCCUUUCAGACUACAUCUUUUGCAAUGAAGAGGCUGAUUGCCCCGGUGAUGUGCACGAAGUCUGCUUAAAUAGAACAUGCAGUGAUGAUAAAUACCAUUGUGCAUCUGGCGAAUGUGUUCAUGGAUACCAAUGCGAUGGUAGGAUGGACUGCAAAGACCGAAGCGAUGAGGCCAACUGCCAAGAUUUUGUGUGUCCUUCUAAUCGACCUUUUAAGUGUGGCUCAGGGGAGUGCAAGUUGCAAAAUCAAGUAUGCAAUGGAUAUCAAGAAUGCAAAGACGGAAGUGAUGAAAAAAAUUGCAGUAAGGAAACCAACCGAGCGUAAUUUCUAUUGACCGAAGCUCUGUCCGUGACGGGUAUGAAGAUUGUAGAAGUGGGAGUAAUGAGCUAGCAGGCUGAGAGAUGUUCUAUACUAAUAACUUAACAUCUGUAAUGAUACCGAAUGCCCCCCCCCCCCAACUGGAUUUGUGAUGGAUACGAAGACUGUCGUGAUGGAGAUGAUCAAGACUGCCAUACCUAUAUCAGGCAGUGCAAUUUGAAUCAGAUGAAAUGCACAUAUGACGAUCAAUGUAUACCCUCUAGUUACGUCUGUGACACUUACUUUGACUGUGGAGAUGGAGAAGAUGAGCAGAAUUGCUCCACAAACCACCGCUUUCCCCCUGAAUGAUUCUUUCACAUGAAAUGUAAUAGGUAUUUCUGCAAACAAGACAUCCAAUAUCAUCCCCUGAAGUUCUGAAUGUUUUCUCUUCCAAAUC